AUGAGUGACCGCUAUCUAGAGCAAAGGAUUAGUAUAAAAUUUUGCGUGAAGUUGAACAAGUCUGCAAGUGAGACCCACUGUCUUUUAAAAGAAGCUUAUGGGAACGAAGUCAUGUCGAGGGCCAGAGUUUUUGACUGGCACAAAAGGUUUAAAGAAGGGCGGGAAGAUGUUCGAGAUGAUGCCCGAAGUGGCCGUCCAGUUACUCACCGGACGGAUGAAAAUAUCCAGAAGGUCAAGGACUUGGUUGAUUCAAACAGGCAGUUAACAGUGAGGAUGAUGGCUGCGAAGUUACAUUUAGAUAAAGAAACGGUUAGACUUAUUCUGAAAGAAAACUUGAACAUGAGAAAAGUUUCUGCCAAAGUUAUGCCGGGUAUUUUGAAGGGUGAUCCUAAACCUCGGAAACUUGACUUCCUUUCUGAUCUUUCCAAAGAAACUAGGAAAAAUCGCUUGUGUGUGAAGAAAGAGAUAGUUAUUUGUGUUUUCUGGGUCUGCACGGUCGAUAAAUUUUCAAUGAGCAGUGAUUCUGUUCCUCAUCUUUCGCUUUAUGGGACUUCAGGGAAUGAAAGCAUAACAUCCUGCUUUCCCAUAAGUUCUCUGGCCGCUACCCUGGCACCAAUUAAAGACAUGUCUAUGCAAUUAAUCAAAACCAAUUUGGAAGCACUCUGGCGCUGCUCCUCUGAUGUGCUGCCUGCUCCACAUACAGUAGUUCCUCAGCUGCAGCCAUGGAGCCAGGCACAUAGGAACUUUUGAUGAACUGGCUGUACUGGCCCCAAGUGUUAACUAUGUCAUCUGACAUGACUAAUGAGGCUCCCAACUUGAUCUGUGUGAGCGGAGCAGCCCUGCUGUCUGGAGGAGGCUCAGUUUCCACAGCCAGCCUCGGAAGAGGCUGCAACGUGCAUGGUACACACUCCAUCAUGUCAGCUGGAGUCCUGGAGGCCUCUAGUGUUGGAGCUGGGAGUCAUCCACCGGGAGGGUGAUGGAAACUGUGGACUAAGCUCUAUGCUGGGCGCUGGAGGGAAUGCGAACCAAUUUAAACUUCUAGCUAAGCCUCCUCAUUCUGUAGAUAUGGAAACCAAGACCCAGCAAAUAUGUGGAACUUGCUAGACACCUGAGCGUUGGGGAGAGAAAUAAAGGAGAAGAGAUGGUCCCUA